AUGGAGGUCAACUUUUACGAAUAUACUGGAGGUAUGGUUGCUCGAAUGCAAUGGACGCCGCCGGGUGCUUCUGGAGUAUCGAACAUCCCAGCUGAGUACAUGGUACCGAGUAUGACUGCAGAGGUAUUGGUGACCACACACGAUACAAUUACCGUGAGCGGCAAACCCGAAAUCGAGUUUUUCGAGGCACGCCUUUUGGAAAAGCCAACUGAAAUCGUGUACGUCGAUAUCUUCAAUCUGGCCGGAGGGGACAUCUUUGACGUUGACAAGUGCGUCCUGGUGCUCACUCCUGAGAAUUGGGAAACCCCACAGUAUUUCAUCAAUUUAGAUGGAGAUCACCGCUUUGGAGACAGCACAAGCACACUUUCACCACUGAAACUUACUAUAUCCUUAUGUCGUGAGCAGCCUUGUUGA